GAAUUGCCCCUCUCUCCGAACGUUAAAACCAUCCGCUCCGUUUUUUUCUCUCUCCCAACCGGUAUAUAAGCUUCGUUUUUUUUUUCCGGCCAUAUUCUGUGAGAGAGACCAAAGGAACCAGCGACGGGAAAACAGCCCUUAACCACUCUCUCUCUCUACAAGCUCCGAUACUUCUCUCUACCUCUGAAAUUUCCCCCUUAAAAUUCCCAGUUGCGGGAGUUCUUUAGGAAUCCGGCAACUCCGUCUCUAAUCGGCUGUUUUGAAUCUCUGGUAAAUGGUGUGUCUGACGGCCUCUUGAGACGACGAACGGAACUGGUCUCUGGUCUAGGAGAAUGCGGUCCGAGAGAUCGAAACCUCUUCACAAUUUCAUGUUGCCGUGUUUGAAGUGGGGGAAUCAGAAGCACUUGAGGUGCAUGAAGGUAAAUUCUAAUGGCGUUCAGGUUUCCGGCGUGAAUCGCCAAUCUCACUCCUCGAGAUCGGAGGAGUCUACCGAGAGUAGGAGCCGGGAAUCAGCAUCGGAGAUGCGGAUGUUCUUGAAGGAUUUGGAGAUGAGACCGAAGGUUUCGAAAUCGAGAAUCAAGAAAACUGACGACGAUGGGAUCGAGGCGGUCAGAGAGAAGCUAAUGUUUGAUCUGAAGACGGCGGCAGAUAAAAUGAAAGAGGCGAUUCUAAGCAAGGAGGCGGCGGUGGCCGGAGAAGAGGCGGAGGAGAAGAACAAUGAUUCUGCCAGAAUGGAGGAGACGCCGGCGGCUGUUGCGUUGUCGAUGGCAGAGGCCAGACCUUGGAAUCUGAGGACGAGGAGAGCCGCUUGUAAGGCUCCUAAAGUAGACGGUGGUGGUGGAAGUAAGAAUUUGAAGAUUGAUGAGAAGAAAUCAAAUUCCAAUUCCCCGUUGCGAAGCGACGGUGGCGCCGAGUCGCCCAGGCUGAAAAUUGGGCCGGAGAAGAAGAAGAAGAAGGCGAAAUUGGUAGUACCGCUCUCGAAGAGAGAGAUCGACGAAGAUUUCAUGGAAAUGGUGGGGCUCAGACCACCGAAGCGGCCCAAGAAGAGGACCAGAACCGUACAAAAGCAAUUAGAUACGCUUUUCCCUGGGUUAUGGCUGUCGGAGAUCACAGCCGAUUUGUAUAAGGUCCCUGAAUUACCUGAAAACAGCAAGGUGAUGAAGGUUUAAAGUUCUACUUCUCUGGUCUUUUUCUGAUUCCUGUGCCGACUCCAAGAGUAAUUCAUGAGGCUAAUUGGUGAUCAUUCUCUAUUCCUUGGGAGUCUGGUAUCAACCACCGUUGAAUCCCACCCAAUAACUCGCGGUGUAUGCUCCUCCUCUUCUUUCAAAUGCUAAUUUUUGUUCAUAAAUUAAUUUGAUUUCGCUUUUGCCAGUCGUGGAAUAAUUCACGAAGAAUAGGUUUAGUGGAAUUUGGAAUUGGAUAAAAGGACAUUUUCUUCAAUGAUCUUGAGUAGUGAGUGAUACAAUGCCUUCAGGAAAUGAUUUGUGUAGCCAUACUGUUAUCAUGUUGACAAUAUUGAUGCACAUUCAUGUAGUUAGUUAGUCACUUACAGAAUAGAUUGGGUCAACUUCUGUGAGAAAUGUGAAAAUGAUUAGUGUUAAUAAGAGAUAGAUUCAUCAUUUAUUGUUUC